CAUAGUUUUAUUUGGAAGACAUUUCGAAAACCUUUUUUGUCUCACUUAAAAUUCAUGCACUUCUUUGUGUUCAUUUUUGAAAAAAAAAUGACCAACAAAAUACAUUGAGGAUUGUGGUUGUAACGUGACAAAAUGUGAAAAUGUUUAAGGGGUGUGAAUACUUUUGUACUACUUCCACCCAUCUUCAAAACCAUCAAAUGUGCAACAAACAUUUACUGAAAACAGUCUCAGUUAUAAGUGUACGCUGCAUUAAGGCUUCUGAAAACGUUAUGGUGCCUCCUCCUAAAACAUGCAAAAUACUUACUGAACUGCUCCUCACAUAAAAUUCCCCAACUGAUUUCUUCAAAACAAACAUGCAAUAGAGUCUACCUAUUUCAUGGUAUCCCUAUCUUUGGUUAACUUAUUGCAAGUAGAUACAGCAGUGAAACAAACAGCUGACCUAUAUGUGACCGAUGUGACCAAAGUGGACUGGCAUGUCCUGCUUCCUAUCUUUGUGUUCCUCCUCCCCUCCCACGGCCUUUUCUAUCUCUGACAGCUAAAAGUCCUUUUGAACCUAAGCCACAAAAAUCAACCAUCAGCGCAGUUAUUGAAGAAACUGGAGCCCAGGGUGAUAGCUUAACCUCCAAAGAGGGGGGAAGAAAGUCAGUUUUCUUGGCCCCUUUUACCCCUGUGGGAACCUGCGAGGCCGCCUCUGGAUUAAGUCCCCGCCUUUAAACUCAAAUAAGAAGGAAACUUCAAAGGCCGUCGGCCACCGGGGCUCCGCCCUCGCGCUCCCGGACGGCUUCACAAAGGAUUUGCCGACGUUCGGGAAUUCCGCCUCCAGUUCCUUUUAUAGCGCCACUCGUGCGCUGGCUGCCUUCCAGGGCUCCGCCCAUCCUCGUUACUUGACAACACAAAGGACUUCACGGAACUCACAAGCGCCGCCCACCUUUCCAAAUAAGGGCAGUCUCUCCAUGUACGGCAAACAAUCGGUUCGAGAUUGCACUUUUCUCUUCCUUAUCCCGUUUAUAUGAUCGGAGAGGAACUGCGCUUCAGGUUGGAAGCGGUGCGAUCAUGGCCGAGCGAGUCCAGCAGCCUCCAGCCAAGCGACUCUGCUGCCGGCCCGGCUACAACCCGGCAUGCAGGCAGGGGCAGCGGGCUGGAGGAGUCCCGUGCGGCGGCGCGGGGUCCGCUCCGGGAGGGUCCGGGAACGGGAAAACGCACAACCCCGAGUCGCUGCUCGACAUCGCGGCGCGGAGAGUCGCGGAAAAGUGGCCGUUCCAGCGGGUGGAGGAGCGGUUCGAGAGGAUUCCGGAGCCCGUCCAGCGAAGGAUCGUUUACUGGUCAUUCCCGAGGAGCGAGAAGGAGAUCUGUAUGUACUCUUCUUUCAACGCCGGGGGAGAGGAAAGUGGAUCUAGCGGGGACAAUAACGACGAGACCCAGCUGCCUUUUCUGCGGGGUGUCACUCUGCUGGAGGGUGGCUGGGUGGACAACGUAUUGCAAGUCGGUUUCCACUUGAGUGGCACGGUGACGGACCCCGCCACCCCCUCGUCCCCGGAGCUCGUCUGCAGCGUCAGCGUCAGCUUCGACCGCUGCAAAAUCACCGCCGUGACGUGCACCUGUGGUAACAAGGACAUCUUCUACUGUGCCCACGUCGUGGCGCUGUCGCUUUACAGGGUGCGCAAGCCCGAGCAGGUCAAGCUGCACCUGCCCAUCUCAGAAACCCUGUUUCAGAUGAGCAGAGACCAGCUGCAGAAGUUCGUCCAGUACCUGAUAUCGGUACACCACACUGAGGUGUUGCCCACAGCACAGAAACUGGCUGAUGAGAUCCUGUCGCAGAACUCUGAGAUCAACCAGGUCCACGGGGCCCCGGACCCUACAGCAGGAGCCAGCGUGGAUGACGAGAACUGCUGGCACCUGGACGAGGAGCAGGUUCAGGAGCAAGUCAAGCUUUUCCUAUCCCAGGGAGGCUACCACGGCUCAGGAAAGCAGCUCAACCUGCUUUUUAGCAAGGUGAGGGAGAUGCUGAAGAUGCGCGAUUCCAACGGAGCGAGGAUGUUAACACUAAUCACAGAGCAGUUCAUGGCCGACCCUCGGCUGGCGCUGUGGAGACAGCAGGGCACCACCAUGACCGACAAGUACAGACAGCUCUGGGACGAGCUUGGCGCCUUAUGGAUGUGCAUCGUGCUGAACCCCCACUGCAAACCCGAGCAGAAGUCAUCGUGGCUGCGGCAGUUGCGGCGGUGGAACAGCGUGGACGUCUGCCCCUGGGAGGACGGCAACCACGUCAACGAGCUGCCCAACCUUACCCACUCACUGCCCCAGGGCGCUCACGGUAACCAAGAGAUGCGUCCCCACAGGACUGUGUUCACGCGAGCCAUCGAGGCCUGCGACCUGCACUGGCAGGACCGACACCUCCAGCACAUCAUCGCCAGUGACCUCUACGCCAACUACUGUUACCAUGACAACCAGGAGGGCUCCCUCUUCGACUCACGCGGCUGGCCUUUGUGGCAUGAACAUGUCCCUACGGCCUGCGCUCGGGUUGACGCCCUGCGCUCACACGGCUACCCCAGAGAAGCCCUCCGUCUGGCCAUUGCCGUGGUGAACACAUUACGAAGGCAGCAGCAGAGGCAACUGGAGCACUUUCGACGACACAAAAAAGAGUUGCUCCAUAAAGGCCAUACCUCCAUAACCAACAUGGAGGGCUGGGUGGGACACCCUCUGGAUCCCAUCGGUACCCUGUUCAGCACCUUGACAGAGUCGGGACGGGCGGGCGAGGAAGGCUCCAACACCUGCUUAGACCUCUCAGACUGCUCCAGCGUUGUGAGUCGAGCAGACCUUCAGCGGAUGCCCGUGCAGCGACUGCUGGGAGACGGCGAGUCGUACAUGGCACUGGCGGUGGAGAUGGCUCUGAUCGGCCUGGGCCAACAGCGGGUGAUGCCCGAUGGGCUGUACGCUCAGGAAAAGGUGUGUCGCAACGAGGAGCAGCUGUUGGCCAAGCUGCAGGAAGUGGAACUGGAUGACUCCCUGGUCAAAAUCUUCCGUAAACAGGCUGUCUUUCUGCUGGAGGCUGGUCCGUACUCUGGCCUCGGAGAGAUCGUCCACCGAGAGAGCGUCCCCAUGCACACCUUCGCUCGCUAUCUCUUCACCUCUCUGCUACCUCAUGACGCUGAACUGGCGUACAAAAUUGCACUGAGAGCCAUGCGGUUGCCGGUAUUGGAGUCCACAGCAUCGUCCGGUGAUCUCUCGCGACCUCACCACAUUGUGUCUGUAGUUCCCAACCGCUACCCGCGCUGGUUCACGCUGAGCCACAUAGAGUCUCAGCAGUGUGAGCUGGCUUCCACCAUGCUCACUGCCGCUAAAGGCGACAGUCGCCGGUUAGAGACGGUCCUGGAGUCCAUCCAGAAAAACAUUCACUCCUCGUCUCACAUCUUCAAACUGGCACAGGACGCGUUCAAGAUCGCCACUCUCAUGGACAGCCUGCCGGACAUCACUCUUCUCAAAGUUUCUCUGGAGCUCGGACUGCAGGUCAUGAGAAUAACUCUGUCCACAUUAAACUGGAGGAGGAGAGAGAUGGUGCGCUGGUUAGUCACGUGUGCCACUGAAGUCGGUGUCUAUGCACUGGACAGCAUUAUGCAGAGCUGGUUCACGCUCUUCACCCCCACAGAAGCCACCAGUAUCGUGGCCACCACCGUCAUGUCCAACAGCACCAUAGUUCGCUUGCACCUGGACUGCCACCAGCAGGAGAACUUGGCCUCGUCCGCUCGCACGCUCGCCCUGCAGUGUGCCAUGAAGGAUCCCCAGAACUGCGCCCUCUCCGCUCUCACACUUUGUGAAAAGGACCACAUUGCCUUCGAGACAGCCUACCAGAUUGUACUGGAUGCUGCAGCAACGGGAAUGAGCUACACGCAGCUGUUCACCAUUGCGCGCUACAUGGAACACCGCGGCUAUCCGAUGCGAGCGUACAAGCUAGCGACGUUAGCCAUGGCUCACCUGAACCUCAGCUACAACCAGGACACACACCCGGCCAUUAACGAUGUACUGUGGGCCUGCGCGCUCAGCCACUCGCUGGGCAAAAACGAGCUUGCUGCCGUUAUUCCUCUGGUGGUCAAAAGCGUGAAGUGCGCCACAGUGCUGUCUGACAUUUUGCGGCGGUGCACGCUGACCACCCCGGGCAUGGUGUCGGCGUUGCACAGCCGCAGGAACUCUGGGAAGCUGAUGUCACUGGACAAGGCGCCGCUAAGGCAGCUGCUGGACGCAACUAUUGGGGCCUACAUCAACACCACGCACUCGAGGCUCACGCACAUCAGCCCCCGGCACUACAGUGAGUUCAUUGAGUUCCUUGGGAAGGCCCGGGAGACUUUUAUGAUGGCUCACGACGGACACAUCCAGUUCACCCAGUUCAUAGACAACCUGAAACAGAUUUACAAGGGCAAAAAGAAACUGAUGAUGCUAGUGCGGGAGCGGUUUGGCUGAGGGAGAGGCUUCUCUUCCACUCUAGUACUUUUAUAUUAACUUGAGUCUGCCUUUUGAGCUUUUUUGGACUAAUAGACAGGUAAGAGGGAUGUGACUUGUAGAAUGACGCAAAAAGAGGAAGGAAAAGAUGACAAAAAAAGUCAAGAGCCACAUGCGGUAUUAUUGUUCUUGCUGUUGUUAUUGUUAUGAACAUUAUUGCUAUUAUUAUUAUUAAUAUUAUUACUACUAUGUGUACAGAAGCGUUUUUUAUUUUUGAGCAGUGAGGAAAUUUGUCACAUUGUGAAUGUUGUGUGUACUUCUCUACAUGUGUGCGAGAUGAAAAUGAAACGUGAAAUUACUUUUUUUUCUAUAUUUUUAUGAUUUUUAAGCAUCUUUUUCCCCCCAUUCUCAGUGUAUAUUGAGUUUUACAUUAUUGAGUGGCUGAAGCCUUUGUACAAUAGCGCUCAUUUUAAAAAAAAAAAAAAAAAAAGACCAAUUUCAACAUCUCUGUAUCCUCAAAGAGUAACUAAGGCUUUAAAA